AACGGCUAUUCACAGUAAUAAAUAGAAAAAUUUGACCUCAUUGACCGUUAGGGUUCUUUGCAUCCCAUUCUCUGCCACCUUCUCCCCUCCCCUCUGUUCUUCCGUCCUUCCCUUUCCUCUCGCGCUUCCAGGGCAGCAUCCGAAGAGAGAAAGGGUGUUGAUGGGUGUGAUUCGAAUCGCCGCCAGCCCUUCUCCGUCGAUCGCCACAAUCCAUCACGGAUUCCGGUCUUCCAAAAGAAACUCGGGGCGUUUCAUGGCUGCUUCUCUGCCGACGGAGCAAGUCGACGGAACCCGGAAUCGGGUGACGGGCGAUUCCUUCAUCCGUCUUCACCUCAAGAAGCUAUCUCCCUACCAGCCAAUCCUGCCUUUUGAGGUAUUAUCUACACGCCUUGGAAGAAAACCCGAGGACAUAAUCAAGCUCGAUGCUAAUGAAAAUCCAUAUGGUCCACCUCCAGAGGUACUUGAUGCUUUGGGAGCUUUAAGAUUUCCUUAUGUAUACCCUGACCCUCAGAGUCGCCGUUUACGUGCUGCUCUUGCUGAAGAUUCAGGCCUAGAUUCUGAUUAUAUACUUGCUGGGUGUGGUGCAGAUGAGCUCAUUGACUUAAUCAUGAGAUGUGUACUUGAUCCAGGUGACAAAAUCGUGGACUGCCCUCCAACAUUUACAAUGUAUGAGUUUGAUGCAGCAGUGAAUGGGGCUCUAGUCAUUAAGGUCCCAAGGCUGUCAGAUUUUACUUUGGAUAUCCCUCGGAUAGUUGAAGUGGUGGAACAAGAAAAGCCAAAAUGCAUUUUCCUGACUUCUCCAAACAAUCCAGAUGGAAGUAUAAUCAAUGACGAGGCUCUCCUAGAGAUUCUUAAUUUGCCUAUACUGGUUGUGCUGGAUGAAGCAUAUAUUGAAUUCUCUGGUAUGAAAUCGAGGAUGGAUUGGGUAAAGAAGCAUGAGAAUUUGAUUGUUCUCCGAACAUUUAGCAAACGAGCAGGCUUAGCUGGACUUCGUGUUGGAUAUGGAGCAUUUCCUCUUAGCAUUAUUGAAUAUCUGUGGCGGGCAAAGCAGCCGUAUAAUGUGUCCGUGGCAGCAGAAGUCGCUGCAUGUGCGGCUCUGCAGAACCCUGGUUACUUGGAGAGAGUGAAGAAUUCUCUUGUGCAAGAAAGGCAAAGGUUGUAUAAUCUUCUGAAAGGAGUACCCUUCCUGAAGCCAUAUCCAAGUUAUUCAAAUUUCAUUCUUUGUGAGGUUACAUCUGGAAAGGAUGCUAAGAAACUGAAGGAAGACCUUGCCCAGAUGGGUGUGAUGAUUCGCCACUACAAUAACAAGGAAUUAAAGGGCUAUGUUCGUGUUUCUGUGGGAAAACCUGAGCACACGGAUGCCCUAAUGGAAUGCCUCAAUCUCCUCCAGUGAUCAGACUUCUGGUGCAAUAACUAUCCACACAUGAAACUGUUCCAUGCCCCAUUUCUUGUCAAUGUUUAGAUGGAAACUUGAACGAAAUACAUCAGCUGAGCCAACUAUGCUUGAAAUUAAGCUGAAUAUCACAUCUUUUGGAUGCUUAAUAGAUGGCAAUAGAUUUAUUCCAGAGUGCAUUUAAGGAAGAAUCACUGUCAUUGAUUACAAGUUAAGAUUCUUCAGUUGUAUAUAUUUUUUUAGGACACUUAGAGGAAAGAUGGAGCAAAAGAAUUUCGUUACAUGGUUGCACUCUUUUCUUGUUA